ACAAAUCAUUGACUGGGCACUUAGGUUCCCUGUCAUCUCACGGAACCACAAUUUUCCUGCAUAAUCUCAGGAAGUGUUUGAACUUUGUACAAACCUCAAUGGACCAUUUAGUAAGAUUCACAUUCAGCAAAGUUUUGUGGUCCGAAAGCUUUGUUUUACACCAGGAUUUAGGAUUUCCAGAAUAUGCUGAAAUGAGAUCAAUGUAGGCAGAGCUGGUUGGGUAGGAGGGUUGGAGUUCAUACGGAGGCGCGUUUUCAGCACCUGCUUGGGGGAUCGGAGCCUGAUCAGUCCAAGGACUAGCGCCAAGUUGUUAAGAACAGAGAUACCGGGAAGUUACACCGUGGGAUCCGAAUCGCCGAAAAUUACCUGGAGAAAUAGAGGAAACCCAGCGACAUCCCAAACUCUAAAAUACAAUGGAAGAAAAGGUGGAGUGGAAAAAAGCCCACUAUGCUUUUAAGUCGCGGUGGGACAGAACUGACGAUGAUAUGUGCCGCAACAGCAUGUCUUUCUUUCUCCAUAAAACCAUUAGGAGUGACUUCUUUUCCAGUUACCUCUUUCUGUUGGAGCAGUUGCCUUUGGUGAAGCUGUUCACUUUGACAAGCGAGGUGAUUAAUGGUGAAAUGCAGUUCUACGCCAGAGCUAGACGAUUCUAUGAAGAGGUUCCAGCAACAGAGGAGGGUAUGAUGGGAGACUUUUUGGAACUCAACUGCAUAGAUGUGGAGGCCUCCAGUGUGUUUCUAAGGAAGCUCAUAGGAGGUCCAGGAAAAGCUGGUACCAAAUAUGCCUUGGAUUGUGGCUGUGGAAUUGGGAGAGUCACUAGAUAUGUCCUACUGCCUGUCUUCUCUUCUGUUGAUGUGGUGGACAUGAUGGAUAACUUUUUAUUUGAAGCUCUUUCCUACAUAGGAAAAGACGUGAGAAAAGUGAAGGAUUAUUUCUGUGUUGCCUUACAGGACUUUACUCCCCCCAUCAAAAAAUAUGAUGUUAUCUGGAUUCAAUGGGUGACAGGACAUUUAACUGACAAGGAUCUGAUGGAAUUCCUAAUCAGAUGCAAAUGCAGCUUGAAAGAUGAUGGAGUUAUUAUCAUUAAAGAUAAUGUUGGCCGACAGGGAUGUGUCUUGGACCAAGCAGACAGCAGCGUGAUCCGGGAAAUUGAGAUUCUGAGAAACAUCAUAGCAAAAGCUGAUCUGGAGAUCAUCUGUGCAGAGAAACAGCUCGACAUCCCUGAACAGUUGGUACCUGUUUGGAUGCUGGCCUUGAAAUAGUAAUUCAUUCUGACUGACUUGUUAACCUUGAUUUAUCUACCUAAAUCAAGCCAAGAGUUCUUGGAGGGAAAAACUUAUAUAUAUCAUAUAUAUAUAUAUGUAUAUAUAUGGAUAUAUAUAAUUACCAUUGGAUGAAGAUGUUUUGUGAUCUACAAACGUCCAAUGUAAUAAAAUUUCUAACAUCCACUCAGACAUAAUUGGUACAUACUCUUUUUAAAUUUUGGGGGUUUUUUUCAUCACAUUAAAAACCAUGGAAGUUUUAGUUUUCUUUUCAAUGCAAUGUAGCAAUUAUGGUCAAGUUUGGUAAAGAGGCUGUCAGAUCUAUUCUAACAUUAUUCAGUCCAAUCAUGCCUAGACCAGUAAUACCAAUAAA